GGGCGGGCGCGGCUGCCCGGGUCCCGCCGGCCCUGGUUCCACCGCAUCGACGAGGCCGUGCUGCUCGGCGCGCUGCCGCUGCGGGGCCGCAUCCGCAGGCUGGUGGCGGAGGAGAACGUGCGCGGCGUGGUCACCCUCACCGAGGACUACGAGACCCGGUUCCUCUGUUUUUCCCCCCAGGAAUGGGAGGCAAUGGGAGUGGAGCAACUGCGUCUCAGCACUGUGGAUCUAACUGGAGUGCCCACCUUGGAGAACCUGCAGAAGGGCGUGGAGUUCAUCCUGAGACACCGAGCCCGCGGUAACAGCGUCUAUGUGCACUGCAAGGCAGGGCGCUCCCGCAGUGCCACCAUGGUGGCAGCAUACUUAAUUCAGCUGCAUCGCUGGAGACCUCAGGAAGCAAUAGAGGCCAUUGCCAAGAUUCGUCCCCACAUCCUCAUUCGACACCACCAAGUCCAGGUCCUGGAGAAAUUUCACAGGAACGUGAUCACUGAGAGAACUGCAUAACUUAGUAAGAACUAUCAAAAUCCUCAUCUCAGCUGCUAUAAAACAAGUUUUUAUGAUCUAACAAAAGCUUAAGUG